CCCGGGGACCCCUUCCGCUGCCGGGGAGACCCCGCCUGCCCCCCCCAUGCUCCCCACCUGCUGCUCGGGGACCCCUUUUUGCCUUCCCGGGCCCCCACCCGCCGUCCCCAGCAUCACCCCCGGCACCUCUCCAUCACUCCCGUGCUCCCCCAUCACCGCCCAGCACCUCCCUGUCACUCCCCAGCAUCUCCCCAUCACCCCCAUGCUCCCCCAUCACCCCCCUGCAUCCCACCCCAGCAUCACCCUCCUGGUACCUCCAUCACCCCCUUACUCCCCCACCACUCCCAGCACCUCCCCAUCACCCCCUUGCUCCCCCAUCACUCCCAUCACCGCCCAGCACCUCCCCAUCACCCCCCUGCAUCCCACCCCAGCAUCAGCCAUCAGCUGCUCCCCAACCACCGGCCAGGGACGCCCAGGACCCCCCCACCGCUGCCUUCCCACCCUGGACCCUCGUGUCCCACCCCUGCCCUACCGACACCAGCGCUCCCACUGGCUGCGGCACGUGUGCGGGCUCCCUGCGUGGGCACCCAUGGGUGCUUGCCCAGCCCAGGUCGCUGCCAUGGGGAUGGUUUCUUCACCCAAUGUGGAGGGGACAGAGGGGACGGUCCCUGCUCUACCCCAGGUUUCCAUCUCACCCCGAGGUGUGUCUCACCCCACUUGCUGUGAGCACCAGCUUGGGGUCCAGCUCCCUUCCCACAGUCUCAGCACCACCCCAGGCUCUGCCUUGGGUCUUCUCCACCUGCCCCAUCCUGGCUUGGCCUGGAUCUGAGCGAUGGAUUUAACACCUUGUGUGUGCCCCCUGGUCUGGCGCUGCGCAGGGAGACCAGGGCAGAGCCACUGCUUUGGGCAUGACAUGUCCCCGCCAUGCAGCAAAGUGUCCAAGGCCAGGUUGGACACAGAGGCUUGGAGCAACCUGCUCUAGUGGAAGGUGUCCCUGCCCGUGGAGCUGGAUGAGCUUUAAGGUCCCUUCCCACUGAAACCAUUCCAUGGUUCUAUGUUGGGGUCUGUGUGCUUGUGAACACCCCCUGGGGAGGAGCAGGGGUGCACACAGCAUGGGGGUCCAUAGGAGCUCACAUCCAUCUGCCCCACCAGAGCAUCCAAAGCCAACGUGGGUGCUGCACGUGAUGCUCUGACAUCCCCAUCCACAGGCUGCAACUGGGCUCCAGCAUCCUCCCUGGGGCUGCGAGCGUGGGUCCCCGCACACCCAAACCCCGCUGCUCGCCGUUUCUCAGGGCUUGCUUUCCCGCUGGAAACAUCCCCUUUCGUGCCCAUCCAGCUGCAAUGCAGAGGAGCUCCGGAGCUCCACACGCCUUCCCCACUGGCAGCGGCGCCUUUGGAGCAGCCGUGGUGGGUUUAGGCCGGGAGCAGCAGCAGGUUGGCCUGUGCCGGCGGCACCGGGGCGGGAGCCGGCAGCGAGGGCAGCCCUGGCCUCAUCCCCUAUUGCGAUGGGCAGCCGGGGAUGCCCGAAGCGAGGGGUCCCCCGGGCACCCCGAUUCCCAGCAGGAUUUCAGCCCCUCCCUGGUGUGGGAUGAGCACCCAACACCAGGCCGAAGAGAUGGGGCAUCCCCAAAUGCCAACGUACCCCCCGAGGGGUCCUUCCCCUGGGUGGGCCCCAAGACGGUGCUGCUGCGGAAGAGCUCGCAGGGGGGGUUCGGCUUCACCCUCCGCCACUUCAUCGUCUACCCCCCGGAGUCGGCGGUGCACUGCAGCACCAAGGAGGAGGAGAACGGGAACCGAGCAGGUCCCCCCCGGAGCCGCCUGGAGCCCAUGGACACCAUCUUUGUGAAGAGCGUGCGGGAGGACGGGCCAGCGCACCAGGCUGGGCUGCGCACCGGGGACCGGCUGGUCAAGGUGAAUGGGGAGAGCAUCAUCGGGAAAACCUACUCACAGGUCAUCGCGCUGAUCCAGAACAGUGAUGAUGUGCUGGAGCUCUCCAUCAUGCCCAAGGAUGAGGACAUCCUCCAGCUGGCGUAUUCACAGGAUGCCUACCUGAAGGGCAAUGAGCCAUACUCCGGCGGGGCGCAGAGCAUCCCUGAGCCCCCUCCUAUCUGCUACCCACGCAAGACAUACACCUUCCAGGCUCGGGGUGCCGAGCCCCCCCCGGGACAGCCACCGGACACCCGUCCCCACCGCGCCAUAGCCGCGUCCCCGCUCAGCAGCCCUGCUCAUCGCCCCGACGAGCCCCAACCCGGGGGGCUCCCCCCGCGCCCCACCGCACCCCACGGGCACCACCCCGGCUCCUUCUCCCGCACCGGCUGCCCCAGCGCAUCCGACCGCUACGGGAUCCCCCCCGCCACCCCUUCGAGCUUCCCCAAGCACCUCCCGGAGCACCGGACUCACUGCGGCUUCAAGGAGGGUGUCGGGGGGCUGUCGGGGGCCGGUCGGUCCCGCCGGGAUGCAGCGAGCAGCAGCCAGCGGGUGCCGGGGCGCCAGGAAUGCCAGCAGGCUCUAUCGCGCUGGUUUAGCAGCCAGGAGCCGCGGCGCAGUGCCUCGGAGGAGCGCCGGCGUGCCAUGCCCCCCCGCUCCCGCAGCGUGUCCCAGGACCGGCUGGGGGGCUCGGCGAGGGCCCCCCGGGGUUGGCCUCACAGCGCCUCGCAUGACACCCUACUGCAGCCCAGCCGGGAGGGCUGGGCCCCCCGCGCCCGCUCCGACCAUGCCCUGGGUAGAUACGGGCGCUCCAUGGAGGCUCUGGAGCCCAGCGCGCUGCUCGCCCAUCACCUUGAGCGGGAGAGGCUCUGCCGGGUCACCACCACCGUCGGGCAGCACAUCUCGCGUGGUUCCUUCACGCCUUCCUCCUCCUCCUCCUCUUCCUCGCGGGAGCCGGCGCCCGUGCAGAAGCAUCCAUCACAGCCCAACCUGCAGAGCGCGGAUGAUUCGGGCUACAUCGGCUACCGGAGCUACAGCCCGUCCUUCCAGCGCCGCACCGGGCUGCUGCACGCCCUCUCCUUCCGUGACCCGGCGUUUGGUGGGCUGCCCACCUUCAGCAUCCCGCAGCGCUCGGCCGCCCCGCUCCUGAAGAGCGUGGUCCCCACUGUCCCACCGCCCGCUGGACCCCCACCGGUCCCCACCGCGGCCAGGGAGAGCAGCCGGGUGCCCGAGCAGCCGGAGGAGCGGAGGGAUGAGGUGGUGUUGAGGCAGAAGCCACCCUCGGGCCGCAAGGUACCGGUUCCCCUGCGGCAGAUGAACUUUGUCUUCCCCGAGGGGGUGAAGGAGAUGGACAUUUGUGACCCACCAUCAGCCAGUAGCAAAGGGGAGAGGCCGGCAGCCGAGCGGCAGGGCCGGCGUGUGGCUCCAUUGGCCGCCCCCGAGGACUCGCUGGCAUCCAUCCCCUUCAUCGAUGAACCCACCAGCCCCAGCAUUGACCUGAAGGCCAAGCACAUUCCUGCCUCCUCGGUGGUCUCCAGUGCCAUGAACUCAGCGCCCGCCAUCGCCACCAGCCCCUCCUCACCCACCUUCGCCUUUGCCCUGAGCCGGCAUUACUCCCAGGACUGCAGCAGCAUCAAGGCUGGCCGCCGGUCAUCCUACCUGCUGGCCAUCACCACCGAGCGCUCCAAGUCCUGCGAUGAUGGUCUGAACACAUUUCGGGAUGAGGGGAAGAUCCUAAGGAGGAUGCCCAGCCGGGUCCCCAGCCUCCGCAUGCUGAGGAGCUUCUUCACCGAUGGGUCUCUGGACAGCCUUGGCACGUCGGAAGACGCCCGUUCCAAAAGACACUCAACCUCCGACCUCUCGGACGUCCCGUUCAGCGCCGUGAGGAAGGAGGGCUGGCUCCACUGCAAGCAGAUCCUCACCAAAAAGGGGAAGAAGGUCGGUGGAGGCAUCCGGCAGUGGAAGCGCGUCUUCGCCGUGCUGCGCACCCACUCGCUGUACCUGUGCAAGGACAGGCGGGAGGCGGUGACCUGCGCCCCGGCCCCAGGUGAGGAGGAGCCGCCGAUCAGCAUCCAAGCGUGCCUGGUGGACAUCUCCUACAGCGAGACCAAGAGGAAGCACGUCUUCCGCCUGACGACCGCUGACUUCUGUGAAUAUCUCUUUCAGGCAGAGGAUCGGGAAGACAUGCUGGCCUGGAUCAAAGUCAUCAGGGAGAACAGCAAGGCUGAGGGCGAGGACCCCGGUUUUGCCAGCCAAGCACUAAUCAACAAGAAGUUAAACGACUACCGGAAAGUGAGCCCUGCGGGCACCAAGCCCGAUUCCUCACCCAAGGGCCCUCGUGGGCUGGGGAUCCGAGCCGAGUUCCUGAAGCAGACGGGAACCAGCGCACCCCGGUCCCCCAGGCAGGAUGCGGCCGUCACGAAAGAUGAUAGCAGCUCCCAAAAAGCUCCGUGGGGCAUCAAUAUCAUGAAGAAGAACAAGAAAUCUGCCCCCAGGGCCUUUGGCGUGAGGCUGGAGGACUGCCAGCCUGCCCCGGACAACAAGAAUGUCCCCCUGAUCGUCGAAGCUUGCUGCAAGGUGGUGGAGGACCGAGGGCUGGAGUACAUGGGCAUCUACCGCGUGCCCGGCAACAACGCGGUGGUGUCCAGCCUGCAGGAGCAGCUCAACAAGGGAGCCACCGAGAUCAACCUGCAGGACGAGCGGUGGCAGGACCUGAACGUCAUCAGCAGCCUCUUGAAAUCCUUCUUCCGAAAGCUGCCGGAGCCCCUCUUCACUGACGAUAAGUACAAUGACUUUAUCGAGGCCAACCGGAUAGAGGAUGCCAGCGAGAGGAUGAGGACGCUGAGGAAGCUGAUCCGGGACCUGCCAGGUCACUAUUACGAGACACUCAAGUUCCUGGUGGGUCACCUGAAGACCAUCGCUGACCACUCGGAGAAGAACAAGAUGGAACCCCGAAACCUGGCGCUGGUGUUCGGCCCCACACUGGUGCGGACAUCUGAGGACAACAUGACCGACAUGGUGACACACAUGCCCGACCGCUACAAAAUCGUGGAGACCCUCAUCCAGCACUCGGACUGGUUCUUCAGUGACAAGGAGGACAAGGGCGAGAAGACCCCCGUGGAUGAGAAGGAGGCUCAGUCCGUGCCCAACAUCGAGUACCUGCUCCCCAACAUCGGCAGGACCGCGGCGCCCGGCGAUGCCGCAGGCUCGACCCGCAGCGGCUCCGCCAAACCGAAGGGCACGUGGCCGUCGCGAAAGGCGCCGCCGCACCGGGAGCUCCUCGCCAUCCCCUUCGUCUCGGCCGCCGCACGCAAGAGGAAGAAGAGGAGAGAGGCCGAGGGCGUCGGGAGCAGCACCGACGACGACGCGGAGCGCAGGGAUGCACCAGGCCGGGAGCAGGAGGACGAGGGGACCGCGGCCAUCCUGCCGGGACAUGGCAAAGCCCCCCGCGGCACCCGCACCGAGCCGGCAGCCCCCAGCCCGGCCAGGAUGGAGCGGGAGAGCUCCCUGGAGCCUGGGGAUGCCGUGUCCGAGCCAGCUCCCGAUGCUCGCUCCAUCGUGUCGGGCUACUCCACCUUGUCCACCAUGGACCGCAGCCUGUGCUCCGAGGUGCAGUCGGUGGCCGGGAGCCGAGGGGAGGAAGCGGAUGAUGAGCGCAGCGAGCUCAGCCACAUGGAGACGGACACGGAGAGCCGGGAGGGUGCCCAGCGCCGGCUGGGGCAGGCGGAUGGUGGCACCGGGGAUGAGGACAAGGGGCUCCUGUGCCGCCCUUCCUUCAAUUCCCACCGCCUGAUCCAGUGCGACACGCUGGCCCGCAGGAAGCUGGGGCGGCCCCGGCUGGCCGGUGACACCGCGGUGACCACCAAGGAGGAGCAGGGCUGGGGUCCCUCAUUGCGGGAGCAGCUCCGGCAGCGCCUGCGGGGCUCUGCCGAUGACAUGGGGGUCCUGCUGCGCCGAGCCCACUCCCCAGAGACCCGCCGCAAGAAGAGCAGCUGGCGCCGGCACACCGUGGUGGUGCCCGGCGGCAUCAAGGACCUCAACUGCAACGAGUGGAAGGAUCCACGCGGGAUGGAGGUGGCCCCAGGACCCUGCCAUGACAAGGACUCGGGGCUCAGCAGCCUGGAGUCCACCAAAGCCCGGCCCCUGGCACAGCCUGGCAUUGCCAGUGAGGCAGCGGGUACCAAGAGCCCCCCCGGCAGCCCCGGCCCCCCGGUCCCCCUGCGCUUCCCACAGUGUCUGUGACCCCCCCGGGAUGUACCCCCCAGUGGCUCCCCACCCCCCAGAGGGUUUAACUUAAGGACUCACCUUUGUUCUUGUAUUUAAUUGUGCUCUGGACAAGCUGCUCUUAUUUAACAAGUCCCCGUGGUCCCGGGUGGGACAAAGCCCCUUGGUGGCUCUGGGGCCAGGCUGGGUCCCAUAUCACAGCAGUGGGCAUGUGUGGGGACUCAUGGGGACUGUCCCCACUCCAGGCAGUGGCAGCUCUGCUGUGCCUGGCCGUGGCAAUGUGAAGUGCUGGCACUUCCUUGGGCGCCGCGGCUGCAUUUGCUGGGGACAUUCCCUGUGCUGGGAGCCCUGCGGACCCUGGGCUGGGAACCUUGCAGACCUUGGGCUGGGGACCCUCUGCUUGGGACCCUGGGGACCCUGGGGACCCUGGGACCUCGGUGUCAUCACACCAUGUGCUCUGUGCCACGGGGUCUGGGCUGAGCUGGGGUGGCCCUUGGCAUGAUGGAUGGUGUCCCCAUGGGCUGGGUGUGACAAGAAGGGGCUGGCACAGAGGGGACCCCGCGGCGAUGGGGGGGACACUGCCAUCCCCUGCACCCCCAUGAGCCACAGCCCGGUGUGUGGCACAUGGCACAGCCCCGCUCCCCUUCCUACCCCCAGGCCAGAAGCACUUUAGGAAGGGGACACAGGGACCCCUGGCCUUGCCAUGGGCCGUGGCUGGUGUCAGUGUGGGGGGCUCCAGUCACGUCACUGUUUCUCCGUGUCGUUCUCAUACGUUCUGCAAAUAUUUGCUGUAAAGUUGGGUUUUUUUCUUUACUUUCCCUCCUGUAAAUACCGUCCCCAACUGUGUAACAUACUGCAAAGUAUUUCUAAAGGGUUUUUUAAGCUGUUUUGCUCCAUGGAAAGGGCCAGCCCCGAGCAGGGGAUGUGCUGGACCAGUGAUGACUUCUGACUCCCUCCUGCAUGUGCCCCCCCCGGCGUGUUGUACGAGUUGGGCUGUGGAGCUGGUAUAUGCAAAAGUGCAAAACCCCCCCCCC